AUGGAGCCAAUUCGCCCUCCCCAGGAUAUCGCCAUCAUCGGUGCUGGUAUCGCUGGCAUCGCGUGUGCAUUGUCCAUCUCCCGCGAACUCUCUCCCUUUGUCCCGAACCUGAAAAUUACCGUUUAUGAGCGACAUGAUGUAUUAUCAACCUCAGGUGGUGCUAUCAAUUUGACGCCCGUCGCCCAGCGGCAUCUUGCCCAGCUGGGUGUGCUCGAAGAAUUGGACCGAAUGGGUUCCGAGGGUGGUGCCGAUGUCGACGCCAUUGAACUCUUCUCCAUGCGGUCGGGCCGUUCGAUCGGUUCCAUCAACUUCACAGACAACCAGGGAAAAGGAUUUGGCGGAUACAAAGGCCGAAGAGUCAUGCGGAUUGCGCUGUCUGUAGCCAUGUUGACCGUGGCGGAGCGGACUCAAAAUGUAGAGAUUGUUUUCGGCAAAAAAGUGAUCCGUGGUGAGGAACUCGAGGAUCGAGCCGUCGUGCAUUUCCAGGACGGCACAGCGGCAGGCGCAGACUUGAUCAUUGGCUGCGAUGGCGUCAACUCCGCGGUCCGGACCCGGUUUGUGGAUGUCGAUCGCCCUGCUGAGUACACGGGGCUGUCGUUUUUACAGGCCACGAUUGACUCGAAUUCACUUUCAUCGCGUCCUCACUUCCGCACAUCCUCGCUCAAUAUUUCCCGUCAUGGCUCAAUGCUGGCUAGCUACUGUGACCGUGAGGGCGAACAGAUCUUUGCUGCUGCUAUCGUCCAAUUCAGUCAGGAAGCGCUCAGCCGCUAUCGACUGGAGCCCGGUCAAGAUUGGGCCACCAAGAACAAGAUCCGCUGCGCCCUUCGCGAGGAGAUAAGAGACCGUUUUGGCAAAUGUGUCAUUCCCUGUAUCAAAGAAAUGGUUGAGAGUAAAGCAGAGUGGAUGCUUUAUCCUGUCUUUCAAGUUCCCCCUGGAGGGCGUUGGUGCAUGAACCGAGUUAUUCUACUGGGCGAUGCAGCACAUGCGAUGCCCCCACGAGAUGAAUCAGCUGCAUACGCACUAGAUGACGCAAUCUUAUUCUCUCGAAUUCUGGCAAGCUAUCGUUCGGAGCCCUUGACGGAGGUUUUUGAUGCCUAUGAGACUCUUCGUCGUGAAACGAUCAACCAUGCCUUCAAAGAGUCCCGUCGUAUGUGGGAACGGAACCGCGAGAUGGGAUUCUUCGAGGGCAGGAUAAAAGAGUGGAUGAUGGCUUUCCAUCUCAAAAGCAACGAAAACGCACGUGAGGCCGCGUGGGCCUUUGACGCAACUAAGAUGGCCCUCCCCACACCGGCACCCAGUGAAGACUUGGUUUCAUUGGAUUCAUUUUUGAGAGAGAAGACCCUAUGA